AUGGCGGCUCCUGCUGUUUCUCUGGUCUCCUACUCGUCCACGCAAGCAGCUUUCGUGUCUCGCGUCGUCGCGUGCCAGUCGAGAGCCACUAGCAGCCAGCAGCAGUUCCCUUCUCCUCCCCACGUAACUCGCGUCGCCGCUUCUUCGUUCACGCGUGCGACGACGUUCCCAUCUCGUACCCACUCUCCGUGUGUUUCUCGCUCGCUGCGAUCGCGACAACUCACUACAGGCUGGCCGUACGGAUGCCGAGUAGCAGCGGCGAAUGCAGGCACCACUAUUGUCGCGUCUGCUUCUGUCGGGGACGUGAACGAGGCGAUUAAAGACGCGGCUAAGGAGGGCGACGUUGCUGCGGUGAAGCUGCUAUUGGCCGGCGGAGGUGUCGACAUUAAUUUACCUAGUCCUGAACGAUCCGGCUGGACAGCGUUGCACCUGGCGGCUUUCUACGAGCAUCCAGAGGUCGUCCAGGUGCUUCUGACUGCCGGAGCUGACACCGACGCUCGGAACAGCACCGGGAAUACUCCGCUGCAGUUUGCGUGCAUAAAGGGCAACCUGGACGUUGCUCGCAUGCUAUUGGAUGCCGGUGCUGACCUGUACGCCACCAGCGAUGACAAGGGAAAUGCUCUCGAGUAUGCUCAAGAGUGGGGAACCGAAGAAAUGGUUGACUUCCUCCUUAUUCGUGCGGCCACAGAAAGGAAUAAAUAA